AUGGACCCUGAUGCUCCGACAAAUCCAGAGCCCUCACCAUCGAUCUGGCGAUGGGUCCUAGGCUUCCUGAUCGUAGGCGCCUGCUGGGGUCUCACAACGCCUUUCAUGCGUCGAGCAGCCAUAUCCAAGGACAAAAAGCCGCAAACACCUCGACCAGUGUUGACAGAUCCGAAAGUCUCUUGGCUCAAGCGAAAAGUGCUCGGAAUCUUCUACGCUGUACUGGAUCUGCUUAAAAAUCCGGCUUAUGCUGUUCCUCUGCUCCUGAAUGUUACGGGAAGUAUCUGGUUCUUCCUACUGAUUGGCCAGGCUGUACUGGGCGAGUGGUACGCGGAGGGCAAAGUCAUCUCACGAGGCAAGUGGCAGGCACACAAGCAAUCACAAAGCGCAUUGAGCUGA